AUGCCAGGAGACAUUGGAAGGAUUCCAAUAAUCUCAUUGAGUAGCUGUAAAUCACUUACAGACAUACUUCCUGAGCUGCCUCUCCCUCAACCUACACAUGCAUCAAUCGCAGCCAGAAAUAUUUUGUUCGAUCAAAAAAUUACCGAAGACGCCUAUCGCUGUGUAAAUAGUCGAGAAGACGAGUUAAUUAAUCAGCUUGUUUUGGCGCUUGGUAGUACCAGCACUGAUAGCAUGUAG